UACAAAAGAUCCCAUCUUGCAUUAACAGCUUCAGUCCGGUGUCGUCCGCUCUCGACUCUUUCCUUGACCCGCUUCAGCCAUGCAGCGUCUCACGGCCUCCUGCCUCCUCCUGGCCAUGGUGGCGUCCGUCGCCUACUCGGCAGUCAUCCUCGACAACGGGGCGCCCAUUAAGUGGGCCGACUCGGCGGCGCAGCUGACCGACUUGCCCGUGGAGAACGGCAUCCUAAACCCAAACCCGUGGAACUUUGUGCACCGCAUGGGCUUCUACCGGCUGUUGAUCGCCGCCACCGAUCCCUACAUGGGCUCCAUGGGUACCGGUGCUACCGAAAGUCCGCUGUGGGGUCUGCCUCUGCAGUUCGGAUGGAUGCAGACUUCAGGCCGUCUUGCUGACCCAACCGGAGCAACAACUUGCGGGCUGCCGACCGGCGACCUUACGUGUAUCUCUCCCCAGAGCUGGUGGGGCUGUGUGAACCACUUUGUAUCCGUCCUGCCCUUCCUGUCUGCCGCUCAGCAGGGACUCUUCGGACCUGGAGUCCAGGUAAUCAUGCAGGUCCCUGAAGGUAGUGAAGGUUACUGCACCAACUACGCCGACUGCACAACGAGCUACGCCGAUGUGAUGGCUAAGUGGGAUGCUUUCUUCCAGGGCCUCAAGGCCUCCACGGAAUCCACCCUGCCUGACAACGAGAAGAAAGAUGCUAUCCUCGGACUCUACUGGGCAGCCCACAUGGCUUCCCUGCAUGAGGCCAAAAACUGCAAGGACAAGCAGAGCCAUUAUUCCGGCCCCGAGGUGAACUUCGCCUCCAGCUGGCUCAACUCGGCCGAAUACGUGUCCGCGGCCAAUUUCCAGUCCUCCUUGGACAAGUCCAUCAUGUUCCUCACGCCUCUCCCGGGGCGCGUCCUGAAGGAUGGUGACAGCGCACCCAACAUAGCCGACUUGAGUCAAGAAGAGAACCAUACGCUGUCAGUCUUUUCCUGGAUGAAGAGCAUGGACACAAUUCUGCUGGGGUCCCUAUCGGGCAUGUGGCGUAGCGCCAUGUGCUCGGUGACCACGCGAGAGAAAGGAAGGGAGAUGCUGGAGCAGCUCCUGCUCAAUCCCAGCUACGCCACCAACACUUUCCUGUCCAUCAUCACCGAAAUGACCACUAGCUGCUGAUGGGGGACCGGAAAUCACGGAAUUUAAGAAGGAAACUCAGCAUGUGUCAAAUGGGUGCUUUUUUUUUUUUUUUUUUUUUUUUUUUUAGUUUGUUUACAGUGAUAAAGGCAAAUUGCAACACUCAAGUGCAAAUAGUUUGUUUUUUUUCUUCUCCUCACAGCAAAUAAAAUGUAAAAAAGA